CUCGUUUGCUGUCCUUCGUCUUCGAUUUGGGGUCCCUGCGUUGUUUGAUUUCGGGAAACCCUAGCGAUGCCGGCGUUGGAGGAGCCGAUUGUUAGGAUGGAAACGUACGACGAUGACAAGCUAGCUCCGGCGAAGCCCGCGGCAGAGGAGGGUGCGAUCGCCCCCGCUGUCACCGUCAAGGCUGCGAAGGCGAAGGCGAAGGCGCCUUCGUCCAAAGCUAAGAAGCCCACCGGUCCGAGGAGGACCUCCGCCCACCCUCCCUACGCCGAGAUGAUCAAGGAAGCGAUCCUGACGCUGAAGGAGAGGACGGGAUCGAGCCCUUACGCGAUCGCAAAGGCCAUGGAGGAUAAGCACAAGGCGCAUCUUCCGGCCAAUUUCCGUAAGAUGCUUCUCCUCCAGCUGAAGAAGCUCGCCGCCGCUGGCAAGCUCGCGAAGGUGAAGAGCUCCUAUAAGCUUUCCUCCGCCACUGCCUCCGUCGUCGUGGCUACUGCGAAAGUCACCACGAAGAAUCCCAUUUCCGUUGCGUCGAAGGCGAAGCCUAAGGUGAGGCCUGUGGCAUCGAUUGCUAAGCCCAAGUCGAAGACUGUUGCCAAUGCGAAAUCAAAGGCUAAGACGGUGACUAAGCCCAAACCGGUCGCAGUGAAGCCAAAGUCGGCGACAAAGAGGAAGGCGUCGGCGAAGGCAAAUCCCAAGCGCACUGCCCGGCUUGCCAAGUCAGCGAAGGUUUUGGCGAAGGAUGCUCCGGGGAGAAAGGCCGUUAAAGCGCCGGUGAAGUCGGCAGCUGCUCCGAAGAAAACUCCCGUUAGGAAGCCGAAGACGAGCAGUACGACGGCGAAGAAGUCGAAGAAGUGAGAUUUUGCUUGUUUUGUCGAAGCUUUCGUUGUUUUCACGUUUACCUGGAAGGGCCUGUUAUUGUAAAUUUGGCCAAGCUGUAGGGGCCCUUGUGGUAUAUCGCAGUGGAUUGUUGGGUAAAUAUAUACAUAAAUGCUCCUUGAGUCAAA